AUGCUGAAAGUGAAGAAAAAGUUGUUGGCUGAACUGUGGCACAGUUGGACGAAAAGUAUGAAUGACAAAACAAACCCUGUUGUACGGUUAUUCAAAAGACGAAUGGUAUGUCUACAACAUUACGCCACCGGUAAAGUGCGGCUCGCCCAGAAAAAAAACAGACCUCACUACUCAGGAAAACAAGGGAGUGACUGUAGGAAGAGAGGAGGGACACGUAUUGUAUCAUUUAAGAGAAGAAUGGAGCGUGACAGCUUAGCAAAAUGCUUUACGAAAUUGGAACGGAAACAUUCCGUUAUCCAAUGUUGUGGAGCGAAUCGCGAAUUAUUUCCAUCUGCUAAAAAAUCUGACUUGAAUCGGAAAAGAUGGAAAGGAGUAAAGGAAAUGAACAACGUUGUGAGCCUUUAUCGUUUGAUGAAACCCGUCCUCAAAGCUCAUUUCCCGAAUGAAACCACUCGUUGUCAUGUCAGAAGUUAA